CUCUCGCUCUCUCCAGGCUCUGCCAGAGAGAAACAAACAUCCACAUACUCAUACACUGACAUGCAGCACAGAGAGCCGCUGCUGCUGCUGCUCGCUCCUCCUCUCUCCCUCAUAUACACACCGUCUCACACUCCAGCUAAUUACACACACACUCACACUCUCGCCUUGCAGCUGACACAAGGAGAACCCAGAGGAGGACAACCACAAACACACACGCACGGGGCACAGGAAUGUAAGUGAGGAGCUUUCAUCUGGAAACAUCUGGCUGGUGGACUCCUCCCUCGUCUUCCCCCCCGGUGACUGGACUCUGCAGCAGUGUGUGUCGCCCCGCUGAGUGCUGCUGCUGCUGCUGCUGCUGUUCGGGGAAUGCUCGGCGGACGCGGAGACGAGGUGUGAACACGAUGAGCAGCCUGCAGGACAAAUGGGUCACACUGACCCCAGCUGAAUUCGCCCUGCUGCAGGAGUACACUCAGUACUCCACCAAGAAGCUGAAGGAUGUGCUGCAGGAGUUCCAUGGAGACGGUGUGUUGGCUAAAUACAAUCCAGAGGAGAAGCAGGAAAUCCUCUGCCAGGAGAUUGACUACGAGGGCUUCAAGGUGUUCAUGCAGACGUUCCUGGAGAGCGAGCUCCCCGAGGAGUUCUGUCAGCACCUCUUCAUGUCGUUUAGCAACAAGGGACCAGAACCCAGUCCAUCAUCUUCUGACAAGCCAAGGGUGUCUGGGCUGAAGCUGAUCAAAAGCAACUCUACCCCUCUGAAGACCCCCGCGCUGCCCAGACCUCUGGAUAUGGUGCAGCUGAAGGACAUCGUGUGUUACCUCUCGCUGCUGGAGGGCGGGCGGCCUGAGGACAAGCUGGAGUUUAUGUUUCGACUCUACGACACGGAUGGAAACGGCUCUCUGGACAGCUCGGAGCUCGAGCACAUUAUCUCCCAGAUGAUGCACGUGGCAGAGUACCUGGAAUGGGACGUGACCGAGCUGAAACCAAUCCUGCAGGACAUGAUGCGAGAGAUCGACUACGACCGCGACGGCACGGUGUCACUGGAGGAGUGGAUCCAGGGAGGCAUGACCACCAUCCCUCUGCUGGUCCUGCUGGGCCUGGAGACGAACGUGAAAGAUGACGGGCAGCACGUGUGGAGACUGAAGCACUUCAACAAGCCGGCGUACUGUAACCUGUGUCUGAACAUGCUGAUCGGCCUGGGGAAGCAGGGGCUCUGCUGCUCGUUCUGCAAGUACACCGUCCACGAGCGCUGCGUGGCCCGCGCUCCGCCGUCCUGCAUCAAAACCUACGUGAAGACCAAGAAAAACACAGAGGUAAUGCAUCAUUUCUGGGUGGAGGGGAACUGCCCCACCAAGUGUGACAAGUGUCACAAAACCGUUAAGUGUUACCAGGGCCUGACCGGGCUCCACUGUGUGUGGUGUCAAAUCACGCUCCAUAACAAGUGUGCCUCCCACGUCAAACCAGAGUGUGACUGCGGCCCCCUGAAGGAUCACAUCCUGCCCCCGAACUCGAUCUGCCCCAUCAUCCUGGAAAGGCAGACGACGCUGAGGAAAGACUCGCGCUCGAGUCAGACGAGCCGAGGGAAGAUGCAGAGAGCGAACUCGGUCACAGUGGACGGUCAGGGUCUGCAGAUCACAACAAUAGAGGGCACUCAUCCUCUGCUCGUGUUUGUCAAUCCGAAGAGCGGGGGGAAGCAGGGCGAGAGGAUCUACAGAAAGUUCCAGUACCUCCUGAACCCGAGGCAGGUGUACAACCUGGCCAAAAACGGACCCAUGCCGGGGUUGAACUUCUUCAGGGACGUUCCAAACUUCAGAGUCUUGGCCUGUGGAGGAGACGGCACCGUGGGCUGGAUCCUGGACUUCAUAGAUAAGGCCAACCUGGACAGGAACCCCCCCGUGUGCAUACUUCCUCUGGGCACGGGCAACGACCUGGCAAGAUGUCUGCGCUGGGGAGGAGGCUACGAGGGCGAGAGCCUCCUGAAGAUCAUGCGGGACAUCGAGAACAGCUCGGAGUUGAUGCUGGAUCGCUGGAAGAUCGACGUCACGCCGACUGACAAGGACGAGCGAGGCGACCCGGUGCCUUACAGCAUCGUCAACAACUACUUCUCCAUCGGAGUGGACGCCUCCAUCGCACAUCGUUUCCACGUGAUGAGGGAGAAACACCCGGAGAAGUUCAACAGCAGAACAAAGAAUAAGCUGUGGUACUUUGAGUUCGGCACUUCGGAGACCUUCUCAGCCACGUGUAAGAAGCUCCACGACUUUCUGGAGGUGGAGUGUGAUGGCGUCACUCUGGACCUCAGCAGCAUCUCUUUGGAAGGCAUUGCCAUCCUCAACAUUCCCAGCAUGCACGGCGGCUCCAACCUCUGGGGCGAGAGUAAGAAGCGGAGGGGAAACCGCAAGGGGGGGAAAAAGAGCCAAGACAAGAGGACGCCAUUGUUGGACCCCAAAGAGCUCAUGUUUGCUGUCCAAGAUCUGUCCGACCAGCUGCUGGAGGUGGUGGGUCUGGAGGGAGCGAUGGAGAUGGGUCAGAUCUACACCGGGCUGAAGAGCGCUGGGAGACGUCUGGCUCAGUGCUCCUCUGUGACCAUCAGAACCAGUAAAUCUCUCCCGAUGCAGAUUGAUGGUGAACCCUGGAUGCAGACUCCCUGUACUAUCGAGAUCGUCCACAAGAACCAGGCGGCCAUGUUGAUGGGAGCGCCGCAGGGCCGGAGCUGCUUCUCCUCCAUCGUCAGGCGAACACGCACCGAGAGCAAAGACUGACCGUUCACAGUCCCAGACCUUUUAGAGUCGGUUCUAUUCAAACACCUGCAGAUCAGCGGACACACGUUGAUCAUCACUCGGCCUGUUUGUGAAGGAGGUGGGAGGGGGGAGGGGGGGCGUGAGCGUACAGUAGCAAGAUGUAGGUGCAGCGAGUAUUUCCUGCAGCAAAGAGACGUCACCGAAGAAGGCCUCAAUUAAUCCAGACUGAGGUGUGACGCUUCAGUAUGUAGUGUAGUCUAGCUCCAAAAAUACUGGAGCUAUUUCGGGGGUACGGUUUUUAUAAAAGUCUGUUUUUAUUUCUGCUGUUGUGAUCCGUGCCAUGUGGAUGAAAACCCCCACAGAAGAAUGUGUUUUGUGAAAAGAUGUAUUUAUUUAUUUAUUCAUAUUUUUGCUGCUAUUGAUGUUUUUUAACAGUUUUUUUUUUUUUGCAUUUGCAUACCCCUGAUGCAUGAUGGACGCUGAACGAGGACGCUGCUGUUGAAGCUGACAUAUCUGGAGUUUUUUUUUUGUUUUUUUGUUUUUUUGCAGAUGAUCUUUUCCGAGCAUUUAGAAAGAAGUGAAGUUUCUUUUGCUCGACGUUUCGUCAGCGCUUCACUCGAGAAUGGCUUCAAGUCUCGGAGUUAAAAAAAAAAAAAAAAAAAAAAAAAAAAAGAAGAAGACAACAGGAUCGCUUUUGCUUUCUUUUACGACGGUUCCUGCGAGUCAUCCUGCGAUGUCAUGUUUUGAUCUGAUGUGCUGCUGCUCCGUCACUGAAAAAGAUUAAGAGCGAUUAUUGAUCCUUGUAAAAAAAAUAAAUAAAUAAUGCAUGACACUCUCUGUUUCGACGUCGCACGAGAGAUUUUUCCGGACAGUUUUACCAACUGUGUGCACACUUUGUGUUGCAUGAGUGACCGCGAUCUGUUUUGACACUUGUGGAAAUCGUUUUUUUUUUCUUGAAUCUAAAUCUAGAGUGCUGCUCGGUUUAACCAUAUCACACUUUAUCUAGGAGACGGCUGCAUUUUGAUUGGAUCCUGCGUGUAUUUAAAGGUACUCAGGUACUUUUUUAGAGUUUGAAAAAAAAAUAAAAAGCAACAAAAAAAAUUAAAAAA